AUGAGCACACGCGCAAUGAACGACGAUGAAGUUGUGUCGGAGAUGAACAAGAUGGUCGCGUUCAUCAAGCAGGAGGCAAUGGAAAAGGCUCGUGAGAUCAAAGUCAAGGCAGACGAAGAGUUUGCGAUUGAAAAGGCAAAGAUUGUCCGUCAAGAGUCACAGGCUAUCGACGCUGCAUUUGACAAGAAGCUCAAAGGCGCAGAAACGGCGCUCAAGAUUGCGCAAUCCACUCAGACGAACAAAUCGAGACUUCGACUCUUACAGGCGCGCGAGCAGUAUCUCAAUGGACUCUUUGAAGCGGCCCGUGAGGAGCUGUUGACUCUAUCGCAAGACGAAGCACGAUAUUGUCAACUGCUAGAAGGAACAAUCACACAGUCACUCCUCCAAUUGAUGGAGCCAAACGUGACAGUGUAUUCACGACCAGGAGAUGUACAGAUUGUCGAACAGGCCGUCUCUUCUGCAAAGACAACAUACAAGGACAUUAGUGGCCGUGACAUUGAAGUCCAGGUCGAAGGCUCGUUGCCAAAGGACUGUGCUGGUGGCGUGAGAUUGAUGGCCGCUGGUUCAAGAAUUACGGUGGAUAAUACUUUGGACCAACGCCUGAAACUACUAGAAGAAAAGAUGCUCCCAGAGAUUCGACAUGAACUAUUUGGUAUCAACGAAAACCGCAAGUUUUACACGUAG